AAUCAUCAUCAUUCCAUCACCUCCUAUAAACAUUAAACCAAAAUCAGUCAAUCUCUCUCACUAAAACAAACACUUGAAUCCCCAAAAUCCCAAAUGUUUUCACCUGCAAAACCUCAACAACCCAUCAACUUCUACCCCCAACAACAACAACCCACCAUGAUGAUCAACUCCACCCCCCAAAUCAUCGACACCACCACCACCACCAGCAGCGAAGACAACACCACCACCAAGUCCUCCGCCAUCGCCGCCGCUGCCACGUCAGCACCGGUCAAAAAACGCGCUGAAACCUGGGUCAAAGAAGAAACCCGAACCCUAAUCAUCCUCCGUCACGAGAUCGAUUCACUCUUCAACACUUCAAAGUCAAACAAGCACUUGUGGGAACAGAUUUCGUUGAAGAUGAGACAAAAAGGGUUUGAUCGAUCCCCCACUAUGUGUACGGAUAAGUGGAGGAACUUGUUGAAGGAGUUCAAGAAAGCUAAGGAGAAUAAUAAUAGUAAUAAUGUUAAUGGGUUUUCUGCUGGGAGUAAGAUGCAGUUUUAUAAAGAAGUUGAAGAGGUUGUUAGGGAUAGGGAUAAAGGUUCUAAGGUUGACUCUUUUAUGCAGUUUUCUGAUAAAGGUGUAGAGGACACCGGCAUUGCAUUUGGGCCCGUGGAAGGUGAUGCUAGAGGUGCACUUAAUCUAGAAAGAGGGCUGGAUCAAGAGGGACACCCUCUUGCCAUCACUGCAGCCGAUACCAUGGCGGCAAGUGGUGCUUCUCCGUGGAAUUGGAGGGAAACCCCUGGAAAUGGUGUUCAAAAUAACAGUUAUGGUGGCAGGGUAAUUUCGGUGAAGUUGGGAGAUUACACACGAAGAAUUGGUAUUGAUGGUUCACCUGAUGCCAUUAAGGAUGCCAUCAAAUCGGCUUUCAGGUUGAGGACAAACAGAAGUUUUUGGCUCGAAGAUGUUGAUAAUAUCGUGAGGACAAUUGAUAGGGAUAUGCCACUUGGAAACUAUACUCUUCAUGUUGAUGAAGGGCUGAUGAUCAAAGUGUGCUUGUUUGAUGAGCCGGAUCACGUGCCGGUCCAUACUGAAGACAAGGUCUUUUACACAGAGGAUGAUUUUCGUGACUUUUUGUCUCGCAGAGGCUGGAUUUGUUUGAGAGAAUACACUGGCUACCGCAAUGUUGAUGUUAUGGAUGAGCUUUGCCCCGGUGUUAUUUACCGUGGUGUUAGCUAAGAUGUUAUUAUGUAUGCACACAAAAAAAAAAGCAGUCUUGAGACAUUGUAAAUAUUCUGUGCUAUGAUGUUUUACUUUAGUGGAUAAUUUUGCUUGUACAA